UCCACACACGCAGGGGAAAAAAGAAAGAGAGAGAAAGAGGGUUUUUUUCGGUGCUAAAAGCAGAGAAGCGAGCUCACAUAUCUUCUUCUUCUUCUUCUUCUUUACCUCCGUCGCGGCGUAGAGAGAGAGAGACUGAGAGACUGUGUCCAGCGAACGACGUCGUUAUUCUCAGAUCUGAUAGAGGCACAGAGAGGUAGGGGGAGAGAAUGAGUGGCAGAGGAGGAGCAGCAGCAGCAGCCAUCAAUAAUACCAAUAAUAAUGGCAAGGGUGAUAGUGGAAUUUCGGGGAUUCCUUCGGGGUCGAGGAAGAUGGUGCAGAGCUUGAAGGAGAUUGUGAACUGUCCAGAACCUGAGAUCUACGCCAUGCUUAAAGAGUGUAAUAUGGACCCUAACGAGGCCGUUAAUCGUCUCCUCUCUCAAGAUCCUUUCCAUGAGGUCAAGAGCAAACGAGAAAAGAAAAAAGAGAAUAAGGAGACGACUGAUCCAAGGGCGCGUGGUGCUAAUAACACAACACAUCGUGGUGGCAGAGGUGGUGCAGACCGUUAUGGACGUGGUAAUUCGGCACAGUUUAGCUCCAGUGAGACUGGUGUUUCACAUGCCAAACCUGCACCCAAGAAGGAGAAUGGAACACAUGCUUAUACUGGUUCUCAAUCUUCUGGAUUCAGUAUUGCAGGAAAUAACACUAGUUGGGGACCACAAGCAUUUCUCAGUGAUUCUGUGGCCACAGAAAAUAAAAUGUCAACUGUAGGUGUGGAUGAUGGAGUGUCUCUGCCAUUACAACCUCCUGGAUUUCAAUCUCCCUGGUUAGGGGUUCCGGGUCAAGUAUCGAUGGCUGACAUUGUGAAGAUGGGGAGACCGCAUAACAGGGCAUCUGCUAUGCCACCCCAUCACUGUGUUAAUCAUCACCACGCUUCUGCGCCUCCUUUAGCAGCAUCAAAUAAUGAUUUUCCGGAAAAUCAUGCUGCCAAUAUGUCAGAAAUAAAUUCGGAGCCAGAACUUAGUGCAAGCCAACAUGUUCAUCCUGACGAUGAAUGGCCGUCUAUUCAGGAGCCCUCAGCUUCCACUAUGCCCUCUAUUUUAGAGGCACCUGAAGAUUCUGAAGUGUAUGCUGAUCAAUCUAACUUUCCUUUGGAUAGAGUUAAUCAACAUAUGAAAUCUGAGUUAGAUGAUGUUCAGCCAGCAGAAGAUGGUCAUGUUGAAACUCUUAAUGGAGACCAUGUUGGACCUGCUUCUGUAUCCAGUAGAAAUAUACAGGAAGAUGGCUCUGUAGGUUCAUCUAUUUUUGAUAAUAAUUUGUAUGGGAAUGUGAGUUCCUACCAGCCUCCUAGGCAUGCUUUUGAGCAUGAAGCUGAAGAUGGUGCUUCAUCAGUGGCUGCAAACUUACAUCAACUAAGUUUGCAGAGUGAUCAAGGAUUACCUCCUGAGGAGGAUAAUCCGUCAGUUAUAAUUCCAAAUCACCUGCAAGUUCAUGCGCAAAACUGUUCACACUUGAGCUUUGGUAGUUUUCGAUCUGGCAUUAGUUCUGCUUUUUCUGGGCCAUUUGCAUCAGGGCCUUUGAAAAAUAACCCGGAAGAGACUUCUGAAGUUGUGGAUGCCUCAUCAGCUGUGCACCCAGAUACUAGAAAUUCCGAGUAUUAUGGAGAUGAGCAUCUAAGAAAUACUGCAGAUGAAAAUUUAAUGCAUAGAGCUGGUGUGAAUGCUGGCAACUAUGAUUCUGCUUCAGUUCCACAAGCAGAGGUGUUGAAGGAGGAGCCCCCUGAAGCAGCUCAGGUGAAUCAAUACACAUUUCCUUCAUCUGCAACUGGAUAUAAUUACGAGGACUCUCAACAGUCGAAUGCUGUAUUUAGUAACCCGCAGACAAGCUCUCAGAUGCAGAAUUUUGCUCCUUUCUCGAGUGUAAUGCAGGCAUACACAAAUUCAUUGCCAAGCACUUUGUUGGCUUCAACUGUUCAACCUGGGAGGGAGCCUGAUCUUCCAUAUUCACCUUUCCCUGUGACGCAAUCAAUGCCCACCAAAUACAGCAAUACAGCUUCUUCCAUUAGUGGUCCAAGCAUUUCCGUCUCAGAGCAGGCUCUGAGAGCGGGUAGUAUUUCUACAACUCAGCCAACUCCUCAGACACUACCUGGUGCUAGUGUUGCCACAGGACCUACUCUUCCACAACACCUUGCUGUGCAUCCUUAUUCACAACCUACCCUUCCAUUGGGACCUUUUACAAACAUGAUUGGCUAUCCAUUUUUGCCACAGAGCUACACAUAUAUGCCAUCUGCUUUCCAGCAGACAUUUGCCGGUAAUAGCACAUAUCAUCAGUCCCUGGCUGCAGUGCUCCCACAAUACAAGAAUAGUGUUUCUGUAAGCAGCUUGCCUCAAUCUGCUGCUGUUGCUUCUGCAUAUGGGUUUGGGAGUUCGACAAGCCUUCCUGCAGGGAACUUUCCUCUGAAUGCGCCCACUGCACCUGGAGGCACAACCAUUGGAUAUGAUGACGUAUUAAGUUCUCAGUACAAGGAUGGCAGCCAUUUGAUUUCUCUUCAACAGCAGAAUGAGAAUUCAGCCAUGUGGGUUCAUGGGCCUGGUUCACGGACAAUGUCUGCUGUCCCUGCUAGCACAUAUUACAGCUUCCAGGGACAGAAUCAGCAACCUGGUGGGUUUCGGCAAGGUCAACAGCUUUCACAGCAUUUUGGGGCUCAUGGAUACCCAAAUUAUUAUCAUUCCCAAACAGGAAUAUCACUGGAACAGCAGCAGCAGCAACAAAACUCUAGGGAUGGUUCCCUUGGCGGUUCUCAGGGCCAAUCACUAAAGCAGGCUCAACAGUUGUGGCAAAACAGCUACUAAAUCUCAUUACCUCCUGGUUUUUCAGGGUCUUGUAGUGAGUUCGAAAUGGGGCCAAUCUUAGGCAUUCCUGUGAUUGAAUGACCUGCUGAUGAUUAUCGGCGGGUCUAAAAAGAUCCCUGACUGACUACGGCCCUGUGCCAUGAGGUUGUAUUUUAGAUAAUUAUCAUGUGGUUAACCUAGGAACAAGUGUGCUAAUUUUGGUUAGUGGACUCCGUUUUACUUCUUUGUGCUAUUAUCCGCAUUAUAAUGAAAGUUGCCUCACUCUUUUACUCUGAUUUU